AAUUUCUAUCAGCCAAAACCUCUCCGUCGUCUCCACAAAACCCUAAACUUUUCUGUUGAUUAGCAAUCUGCUGCUGAAGAAGACUCUUAUACCUCUCAAAAUUCUGCGUUUCUCUCAGUGUUCUGUCUCUAUUUCACUCCCUUGAAAUGUUGCGUAGAAAUAUUCGGUUGAGGAGGGAGUAUUUGUACAGGAAGAGCUUGGAAGGCAAAGAGCGAUUGCUGUAUGAGAAGAAGCGGAAGAUUAGAGAAGCACUUGCAGAGGGAAAACCAAUACCUACUGAACUCAGAAACGAGGAGGCUGCUCUUCGUCAAGAAAUCGAUCUUGAAGAUGAAAACACUGCUGUUCCAAGGACUCACAUUGAUGAUGAAUACGCUAAUGCAACGGAGAAAGAUCCUAAAAUUUUGCUAACCACGUCCCGAAAUCCAAGUGCCCCUCUCAUACAAUUUGUGAAGGAACUAAAAUUUGUUUUUCCUAAUUCGCAACGGAUGAACCGUGGUAGCCAGGUAGUAUCAGAAAUUAUUAAUGAGUGCCGUACGCGUGAUUUCACGGACGUUAUAUUGGUUCAUGAACAUCGUGGUGUGCCAGAUGGUUUAAUUAUAAGCCAUUUGCCAUUUGGUCCAACUGCAUACUUUGGAUUACUCAAUGUGGUUACAAGACAUGACAUUAAGGACAAGAAAUCCAUUGGAACAAUGCCUGAGGCAUACCCACAUUUGAUUCUUAACAACUUCUCAACUCAGCUAGGUGAAAGGACAGCGAACAUUCUAAAGCAUCUCUUUCCAGUGCCAAAACCAGAUACCAAACGCGUUGUAACUUUUGCAAAUCAGUCUGACUAUAUUUCAUUCAGGAACCACAUUUAUGAGAAGCAUGGAGGUCCGAAAUCGAUUGAACUGAAGGAGAUUGGCCCCCGAUUUGAAUUGCGGCUCUAUCAGAUAAAGUUGGGAACGGUAGAUCAGACUGAAGCUCAGACUGAAUGGGUCAUUAGACCAUACAUGAACACAACCAAGAAGCGAAAGUUCAUUGGUGAUUAACAGAACCAUACAUUGUUUUUGAUCUAUAUUUUGUCUUGAAGAGUUGAUGAGUCUUAAGUAUGGGCCAGUCUCCAGUAUUGUUACAAUUUGAUGGAGAAGAAUGUUGUACGGAGUUUUAACUGAAAAUGUCAUAAAAUUUUCAGACAAUGUGUUUGUUCAGUUUUUGUGUCAUAGUCUUGUUACUGUGACUAUGACAGCAGCCGCCAGUGUACUACCACAACCAUAUUAAGGUUUGCUAUUCUAGCACAA